GCAAGCGAGACGUGGCGACGAAUCCCAUUUCGCGAGUAACAACACACCCAUGCUGCGCCCCAAUCUCGGGCAGCCAUAAUGUAAACAGUCUGCGGAGAUCGUGAAAUAAAGUGCAUCUAUUCGAAACGAUCGUAAACAUUACAGAAAUCGGCGUAAACAUAAAAAAACGUGAUCGUGAACGAACCAGUGACCCGUAGCGGAUUGAUAUUGGUGCUCUUGGUGGUGCAAAAAGGACAUUGCCCCCCCGGGGAAGUGUAGUUAAACAACGUUGAGUAAAACUUCGACAUGAAUCUAUCGUUCGCCGGCUGUGGAUUCCUCGGUAUCUACCAUGUCGGUGUUGCUGUUGCCUUCAAGAAGUAUGCCCCGCAUCUGCUGCUCCACCGCAUCAGUGGCGCCUCGGCCGGGGCGCUGGCCGCCUGCUGCCUGCUCUGCGACAUGCCGCUGGGUGAAAUGACCUCGGAUUUCUUCCGCGUAGUGAACGAGGCGCGCUCACACUCACUGGGCCCGUUCAGUCCGCGGUUCAACAUUCAAACCUGCCUGCUCGAGGGUCUACAAAAGUUCCUGCCCACCGAUGCGCACGAGCGCGUCAACGGAAAGCUACACAUCUCGCUGACGCGCGUCUACGAUGGCAAGAACGUGAUCGUGUCGCAGUUUAACAGCCGUGAAGAUCUGCUGCAGGCCCUUCUUUGCGCGUGCUUCAUUCCGGUGUUCUCCGGGCUGCUGCCACCUCGGUUCCACGGUGUGCGCUACAUGGACGGGGCGUUUUCGGACAACCUGCCGACGCUGGACGAAAACACGGUCACCGUCAGCCCGUUCUGUGGCGAGAGCGACAUUUGCCCGCGGGACAACAGUGCGCAGCUGUUCCACGUGAACUGGGCCAACACCAGCAUCGAGCUGUCGAAGGAGAACAUUAACCGCUUCGGACGCAUCCUGUUCCCGCCGAAGCCCGAAAUACUGUCCUCGUUCUGCCAGCAGGGGUUCGACGAUGCGCUUAACUUUCUGCACCGCAACAAUCUCAUCAGCUGCACGCGCUGUCUGGCGGUGCAGUCGACGUUUGUGGUCGCGGAACAGCCACCGCUGAACCUGGAGGAACAGAUGCUCGAGGAGUACGAUCCGGAGUGUAGCGAGUGCAAGGAGUGCACGCAGCACCGCGAGAACGCGCUGGUCGGCAGCAUGCCGGAAAACGUGCUGACCGUGUUCCAGACGUACAUCGAGCAGGCGAACAAGGGGCUCAUCAACUGGGUCUUCCGCCAUCGGGGCGGCAAGCUGCUGACGGCGCUCUCCCUCCCAGCCACCCUGCCCGCGGACAUCAUGUGCGCCACGCUAACAAAGCUAAUGGUGGCCGCACCGUCGAUAGGCAAUCAGAUCUGGGCCGUGAGCAAAUUCUUCCUGAAGAACCUCAACACCUUCCUGCUGAGAGUGGGCCGACGGCAGAAGCACCUCCAACAAUUGACGGCCAAUCUGCAGUGCCAAAUUGCCCUGACCGAGUACAACCAGAGUGCGGCGCAACACCAUCAGCACAGUCACCGAAGCUCGAUCAUCGACAUGCGAAUGGAUGCCGACGGAAAAACCUACGCCAAAGAGAUGAUUCCGAGCUAUAGUGCCCAGCACUCGGUGAUCGGUGAUUUGGACGCAUUUGACCACGUGCUGCAGGUUUCUUCGCAUCACGAUGCAAUGUACGCUUACUAUUACAUGGACGAGGACAAUAAGGUGAAGGUGACGGAGAUAUUCGACAUGAGUGAAAGCGACAAUCCCGCCCUACAGACGGCCAACGAGCGCGAACUGAACCAGCAGCUGGAGUUCGAUACUGACUGGGAAACGACACAGCCAGAUUUCCUCUGCUCCAACACGUACGGUGGAGACAGUAUGAUCGACAUCGACGAGUAUAUCGAUCCCAGCCUGUUCAUGAGCGGCAACCAUCAUCACCUACUGAACAAUAAUAACAACAACAACAACGGUGGCACGACACAGUAUCCCGGCUGGGAGUGCUCGCAGGUUCAGAUCGAAGAGCUGCCGACCGACUUUAACGACGACUCGUUGCAACCCGAAGCGGACCAGCAGCAGACGGCAAGCCUAAUGUCCGAGUCGGCCACGCUGCUCCUGAGCAAACCGCCACCAUCCUACUCGAUCGAGAUGUGAGCGGCCCUCUCCGUGCGCACGACGAUGGUUCGUGAAUACGUGAUUGUGAUAGACCCGGGGGACGGGCUGAGAUCACUCCCCGAUGAUCCAAAGGAGGUCGGUGCCUUAUGGCCUUUCGAAUGAUAUUACGAGCAGGGUGCAGGGCGAGCUCCAAAUGCAGAAAGCAUAGCUUUUUGCAGGUGCGUGUCCAUUCACUGAACGCCAUGGCGCAGAGCGGGGGAAGGGGCCGCGUUAGUGGUUAGUGAGAUGAACCGUCCUUCCACAGCACAGGGAACAGCUGCAGAGCGGUUGCAGCUUCGUAGAAGGCAGAGGCAAUAUAGGCAGGAACCUAUCAGUCAGAACAGAGCAACGGCCAGAGCCAGAGAGAACCAACAGACAGUUCCUUCGGGUUUCGGAUUUUAACAGGCAGGGGGGGAGGAGGUUGCGGAACUACGGUUGUGGAUUGUAGAUGUGUAGUUAGAACAUACCUAUUCGCGUAACAUAUCGUCUGGCGUCUCUCGCUCGCCCCUCGCCGCCGGUUCUGGCGGCCGAUUUUACCACUCUCCCGAGGAGGUUUCGUUUUUAAUUAGCAAAAAGACCAAAAGCAACAUUAUUGUUAUUGUGUUCGAGAAACGAAUAUGUGAUUGCAAACAAAAAACAAAACCAUGAAGCAAAGCUAUUGCUAGUUAGGCGAAGAGAGGUUUCGGGGGGGAGGGCUCCUCAUAGGUUUUAGUUUAUCGUCGCUUCGUUCGGCGUCGCGGACGUGCGGACAACGCUUCCUUACCAGCCACAGACAGUGGCGAUUAGGUUUAGUAUCGCGCGCGGGGAUCACGCGGCUCACGAUCGUUACCGGCUCUCGGGGCUCGGAGGACGCAGGAGGAGGCUUUUUUGGACUUCUACCAACGGCUGUGCAAUAGUGGACGACGACAGUGGAGAGACGAUAGCGAUAAAACGUUUGCUUUACAGAGAGAGAGAGAGAGAGAGAGAGAGAGAGAGGCUCACUGCCCAAUAAGAGACGAUACGCCUCGUCAGGCUGACCCGGAGUCGGAACCUUUCGGACCACCACCGGACACUGAGAAAAGGGACAAGGGACCGCUUUUUGUGUAUGCAAUACUAGAUAGAUAGAUGAACAAUUUUUAAACGUUGCCACCGAGUAGUGGUGCCAACCGGGGCGCUGGAAGACGAGCGCGCGAAACACAGUUACAGUUAUUUAUACGAUUUACCUCAUACGCAUAUAGUCUAUAAAGUGCAUUCGAGUAACGGCAAACGGCUAAUAAAGGUCCCCCGAAAACGGA